CUUUGCGGGAUUCUUUCUUCUUGUUUCAUUUUGAAUGUGUCGGCACGCAAGGAAUAGGGCAUUAGCAUUAGGAAGACUACACUCUAUUCAUUUUAUAAGCAUUCUCCUUAUUACAUCUUUCUUUGUUAUAGCCAAAAUCCUCCUUUCCUUUUGAAACCUAUUGUGGUAGAGGUCAGAAGCGGAAAGAGAGAUGAGUGAGUCUGAAAAUUUUGGGCACCAACAUCCACUGGUGUUUAAUGAAAAGCAGAGCAAUCAAAGUGAAGAAGCUUACUGCUCAAGGUGUGGGGAGGAGGUGUCACUGUCAGCUCCAAGUUUCAGCUGUGUGGAGUGUGGGUUUCACCUCCAUAAAAAAUGUGGUGAGGCACCCUCGGAGAUCAAUCACCCUUUUCAUCGCAACCAUCCUCUUCUCCUCCUGCAAUACCCACCUUAUGCUCAAGGAGUACACUGCAUUUGCAAUUUUUGUAGUAAGACAUGUAAGGCCUUCAUUUAUCAUUGCUCUUGUGGAUUAGACUUUCACAUCACAUGUGCUUUAUUUACAUAUAACAUUGCUCAAAAAAAUUUUGAAGAGCUUCAGCAUGUUGCUCUUGAAGAUCCAUUGGUUUCCACCGGAAAUGAUGGUGAAGAACUUGAACGUUUUCAGUGUUUCGGGUGUUGGGAACCGUUGCAAAGUUCUACCUACUUUUCUCUUGAUUGUGGAUUCCAUCUCCAUAAAAAAUGUGCUGAAUUACCUCUCAAAAUCAAUCAUAUGUGUCACCGCAAACAUCCUCUUGUUCUACAAUUCGAUACUGAAAGGUUUUCUUGCAACAUAUGCCAAAAAACCCAACAAAGAGGAUUUGUUUAUUGUUGUUUGCCAUGUAAUGUUGCUUUUCACAUUGGGUGUAUGUCAUCCCUGCCCAUCGUUGAGGAUAAAAGUCAUCAACACCCAUUCACCUUGUUUUGGAGACAAGCCCCCUUCAUUUGUGAUGCAUGUGGCACUGAAGGAAAUUAUGUUGCCUACAUAUGUACUACAUGCAAUAUUAUAGUACAUAAAAAAUGCAUUUCAUUGCCACGCAUCAUCAAAAGCAGGUGGCAUCACCACCAUAUUUUUCACACAUACUUCCUUCAUGAUGAAGAUUUUAAGGAUGGGGAUUGCAUAAUUUGUCACGAUGGGGUCAAUGCAGAGCAAGGCAGUUACUAUUGUUCAGAUUGCAAAAUUAUUGCCCAUGUGAAUUGCGCGACACAAGAUGAAACCUGGUAUUAUAUAGUUUCACCCGAAAAUGAAGAUGGGAAAUCUGUGGCACUUUUGCCUGGUGAAUCUAUUGACUCCAUCACUUGUGUUAUUGAGAGGAAUGAAGCAGGAGAAGCCACAAAAAUAAAACAUUUCAAGCAUAUGCAUGAGUUGAUGUUAAGUGAGAAAAUUGCGGAGUAUGAUCAAUGUUGCGAGGGGUGCAUGUUACCUAUCUCAGCUUCCUUUUACUAUUGUUUAGAGUGUGAUUUCUUUCUUCAUAAAGCCUGUGCUGAAUUACCUAAGAUGAAGCACGUUUGGUUUCAUUAUUGCCAGCAAAGUGUUCUCAUCCUUACUUCAGGCUGCAUUUUUAGAUGUCAUCUAUGUGAUCACCUAUCUAAUGGCUUUGCCUAUAAAUGUAAUGAAUGUGACGAUCAUGUAUGCCUUCGAUGUGUAACUCUAACUCCUGAUACUUUAACAUCUCAAGGACAUCAACACCCCCUCCUUUUUUAUGUCGAGGUCAAAGAGAAGUGUUGUGGUUGUGGUGAAGACAUCGAUGGCGCCGGAUACUUUUGUAAGGGUUGCAAUUUCGCUUUAUGCAGGAUAUGUGUUAGACUACCAACUACAACUCGACACAAAAGCGAUGAACAUGUUCUUGCACUCACUUAUAAAGAUGAUCAUGAUUAUUCAAAAUGUCAUUAUUGUGACAUUUGUGAAGAGAAAAGAGAUUCAAAUGAUUGGUUUUAUCAUUGUGCAAUUUGUGACACUUCUGCUCAUAAAAGUUGUGUUCUUGAAAGCUAUCAAUAUAUCAAACUUGGGAGUAUCUACACAGAAGGAGAUCAUCCACAUCCUCUCACCUUUGUGAAUAAGAUUUAUUACUACCCUAAAUGCAUUGAAUGUGGUGAGCCUUGUCAAGAUUUGGCUCUCGAAUGUGUUACUUCUGGAUGCAACUAUAUUGUCCACUGGAGAUGUAUAGCACCAUAUGAUUUAGGGUGGCAAUUUCACUUCCCGAGACAAACCUAGAUGGAGGUCUUAUUGGUCAAAAUACGUGAAAACUUCCACUUCAUUUGCAGGAAAGCAUAAGCAGAGUAUGGUCCAUACUUUGUUACCUGUAAUGCUUGUUGUUUUUGUAGUUGUAACUUAUUUUUCAAUUAUAAGUUUAAAUGCAAUGUAGGCAUCUGAACUUAGAAUGUGUGAGGCUUGGAUUGCAUUUUAUGAUCAGUCUAAAAUUUCCCUUUAAUUUGACAGUGUGGUUGUACUUGUAUGAAGAUGACAAUAAACUUGGUAUAUGUUGUAUUGUUUAAAUGUAUGACUUGUUGAGUUUUUAAGAAAUGAAAUGAUUUCAUCUG